AUGCCUAUCCGGGUUCGCUCUCAUCGGAACCCUUAUCGGCCUCGCUGUCUCGACCCCUCUCUUCAUUAUCUUCAGCCCGAUUUUGGUCCCGGCGGUGCUCAUCAUCACCGUGGCCGGGGUGGUGUGCCUGAGUAUAUGGUACAUGCAAAGAGGCGCAUGCAGGAAACGGCGGGCCAAAUGGGUCAGAGGGCUCAGGAAUCAGGCCAUAAGGCCCAGGAAGCUGUGAGAACAUGA